GCGCUGCUGGGCGCGCGGCCAGCGCUCCUCGGCGGCGGCGUUUCGGGCCCCGCGGGCCCCGCCGGGGCUGGCGGGCCCUCGCCAGGGGCGUCGGGCCUCGCCUGGCUCGGGGCGCGCCUGGCUCGGGGAGGCGCCCACUGGCCCGAGGUGGUCCAGCUGCCCCCAGUGUGGGCGGCGUUGUGCGCGUUGCUCCUGGCGUUUCCGGCGGUCACGCUCUGGAGGCUGGUCCGAGACCCGACGAGCGUGCGGGAGAAGCUGUGGACGAUGCCGCUGCCCACCCCGUGCGACGACCCGCCGCCGACGAAGCGGAACAAGCGGACGAGCUACACCGUUCCAGAAGACAUACUCAAUUCCAUCCUGUCGGGGGUGCAGAAGCGCAGCCAGGCGGGCGACGACAGAUUGCAGCGCGAGGGGUGGCGACAGGAGCUGUUGGGGGCAGCGCGGCGCGCGGCACCAGUCUUCAGCGUCUUCGCUCUGAUGAUCACGCUCAGCGUGAUCAACAAGGUCCUCUUCCGGAUGGUCCUCGUGCACGUCCACACGCUUUCCUGCAGCACCAACGUCGCCUACCUGUGCAACUCGUGGUUCGCCGUGCUGCUGAAGGCACGCUGGGGCUCCAGCGAGCAGCGCGAGGACCUCCGCAAGAUGGUGCGCUUCGCCUGUAGGCACUGGGAUCUCCUGGCCAGCAUCGGGGUCUGCGAGAGCGCGGCGUUCACGAUGCUGCCUCUGGUGCUGCCGAGGUUUCCAAAGGCCAUCGCGCCGCUGAUGUCGCAGACGCUGCUUCCCACCAGCAUGCUCUUGAACACCGUUCUGCUGAGGAGGAAGUACUCGAAGGUGCAAGUUGGGGGCGUGGUGGUCACCACCAUGGGCAUCUACGUCGCGUCCGCGAGUGAGAGCGGCCACUCCGCCAUGAGCCUCGGCCCCGGGGAGCUCGCCAUGCCAAUCUUCGGAUCCGCGCUGGCCUACUUCCUCCUGGGGAUGUCCUUCGUCUUCAAGGACGUCGCUUUCGUGCGCAGCGAGAGGGAGGGCUGCAAGCUGGACCUCUUCUUUCUCGAGGGGCUCGCUGCCAUUGGGCAGUGCGUAGCUCUGGCCCUCCAGUGGCCCAUGAACUUCGUGCUGCUCACGGGCUUGCCCCCACGGCUGUACUUCCAGGCAGCGCGGGAGGCAUUCUUCAGCGUGGAGGGUUUGAUGCCGGGGCUCCUGAUCCUCUACUGGGCGGGCAACAUUUCAUACCGCUUGGCGUCCCUCCGGGCCGUCCGUCGGCUCUCUUCUCUGGCCUCGAUGCUGGCAAACCUGUUCUCGGUGCCGCUGUCCUCGCUGGUCUUCUGCCUGCCCCUGGGGCUCCCGCUGCUCGGUCCGCCGGAGCCCUUCUCGAUGAGGCUCGUGGCGGGCCUGCUGCUCAUCUGCCUCGGCCUGGUCAUCUACAACUGGGCGCUCCUGUGGGGUGCCUGCGGCCGCCUCCGUGCCUAA